GAAAAAACAGGGAAUCAUUAAUCAGCUAGCAUUGGAUGGUCGAUGUGUUGCAGAACGCAUAUUUAGGGGUUCCGAAGCUGUUUUGUCUGCUUGCCAGUUACGGCUCCUUCACAUGGUUCAACGCAUUGCCUAGAAGGGGGAAAACAUCAACACGAUGGAUGAAGAGGAAAAUCCGUUCCUAUCCGGAUUCCUGACCGUCAAGUCGCAGAGUGGCUUUUCGUGGCGAGUCGCGAAAAAGCAGGUUAAAUACUGCCAACUGUUUAAAGCAAGUCGCCACGGUAUCGAAAGGCUUGAGAUUAGUGAUGCAGAGAACGACAAAACGCGACGCAUCGUCACGCUGGAAAACUGUGUGAAAAUAGUGCUAGAUCAACCGCCACAAAACACAAUCAACAUCGUCUCAAAGACGGGACAGAUCCAACUGUACUCACCGGACGAAUCGCUCGCCCGCCAAUGGACAAACGCGCUACAGAUCGUGGCAUUCAAAGACAAAUCCAAUCAAACGCCUCCACCUCCGCGGCUAAACACGAUCGAGGAGGAUAAUGAUUUGUACUGCUCGUCGUACAGUGAGGGUAUUUACACGGUCACCCUGAUUCCGACCGAUGCGUCCAACAAGAACGGGAUCGAACCGAAGAUGUAUACGCUCGAGCUCGGUCAGAUGGAUAUGCGGCUAAAGUGUUAUGAGGACGAGAGCGUCACGGUUGCGCUCUGGCCGUAUCGUUACAUCCGGAAGUAUGGGUACCGGGAGGGUAAGUUUACGUUCGAGGCGGGUAGGAAGUGUAACACGGGCGAGGGUACAUUCAAGCUAGACAAUGCCAGCCCGCAAGACAUCUUCCGCUGUAUGCUGACGAAGAUGAAGUCGAUGAAGAAAAUUAUUUCAUCCACUUCCGAGCAUGAAACGCAAGCCCUCAGCAGUCAGCUGUGUGCUGCCCUUGCCAUGGAGCCUGGCUCGAGGAGUCCACUGCCAGGUGUGCACUGUGACGAAAACAUGGCCGCCCAUCUGUCCUCGAUUGAAUUGCUGCAUGAUAUUGCGCCCAGCACGAUGGCGGCCUUAUCCCAGCUUAAAAGCAUUCCAACGAAACCACCUCGAAAACAGGGCAUUACCACGGGGAAUGUCCCGUCUGGUGGUGCUGGGUCUGAUAUCGAUCCAAAGCAUUCCAACGUGUCGACUGUAUUUAUCAAAAGCAAUGGACACAAUUUGCAGUGCACCAGCCAACCGACCUCAAACCAAACAAUACUGAUCCGCAACGUCACACCGAACCUGGAGGAUGUGCUGCAAGAAUCCAAAGCGAAGGAGCUAGACUACGAGUGUGUGAAGGACAUAACAGAUGCGUGGAAGCUGUACGGACUGAACGAUGUGAAGCACACCGAAGCGGUGGCAGAAAGUGGUACAUCGAUCGCGCCCAAUGUUGUCCACGAGCAUGUACGGUUGGAGUACGAUCGGUUGGACUUUUUCCGCACCUCAACUCGAAAGACCUCGGCCGACUAUAAAACGGUCGUGCCGAUUCGGUUGAGCGGUGAAACGACAACGCCAGCUGCCCAGCAUCCUGCGGUUCAACCGUCGGAUGAUUAUGAAAUUAUUGGCGAACCUUCACCACCACCAACGGUAGGGAAUGGUCCACCUGGGUUGGUUGGCUACAAUUUAACAGGCGGUAUCGGUACCCUGCGAGGGCGCAAUCAAGAUGAAGGGUUAGAGUAUUCAGUAUUCAGCGCUGACCAUCACCAGGAGGAACAGCAGCAACACCAUCAACAACAGCAACGUAACAUAACUGCUACCAUUAACUAUGCCACGAUUAGCAAACCGAAACGGGUUUAAGCGAGGGGAGUCGAAGGAGUUUCAUUGUUUGUUAGUUAUUUUGUUUGCAUAUAAGCGACCACCUUUUCUCGAAUGGCUAGCCCCUACUUUAUCUUAGAUGGCUGAUUACGUAUUAUGUACUUUCUAGUAAGAUUUUACGGAAAAUGUGAUAAUGUUUGUUUGUUUGUUCUUUUCAUUUGGUUUAAAAAACGUAAAUUGAAACACGUCGGUUUUUGUGGAUGGACUUCCAUCUCUCUAGACAUACAGACAUUCCCAGUCCAAUACAUACACUAAGAUGUGCAUUUUAAAAAUUGUUUAUCGGCACCGUAUCCGGAAUAUUUGUAGAAUACCACAUAGAAUUUCUUCAAUAUAUUCCAUUAAGGAGGCAACGAGUAUUUUUCGUCAGCAAAGACAGACAGACAAAUGGAACGAGGAAAGAGUUAAAGAACUUGCUAAGAUAACAUAGCGUACACAGUAAGGUAACGUUAAAACACUAAAAUGCGCAAAUGUUAACCGUCAACGAAUUCGUUAGCAUAUUGCCCAAAUACAACAAAUACGCAUCACAUCACCGAAGUGCCUAGACGAACACAGUUAACUAUACAGAUCAUAAUUUUUCGUGUCCAUACAUAGAUUUUUUUACAAUAAGGGCAAAUGUUUACAAUGUUUGUAAAAGAAAAAAGCGAUCAAAACUACGUGUGCCAUAAAUGUUUUUGGCAGUUUUUGAAUAGUAUUUUUAUCUGCGAGCGGCCAUAUACGGUCUGAUAUA